AUGUCUAAAGGCAUCGCCAACGUUGGGGAUGAGCACCUCCUCACAGAUGGAGCCUCGAGUACCACAGUGGGUGUUGCUGCCGCAGCUGCCAAAGUCGGCAACAUACUUGGAGCAGGUGGCAGGAGGAGCAGGAGUCUCCUCGUUCUGGCAAGUGUAGCACUUCUCAAGGUCGUAGAACUUGACGCCAGUGUUGCAAGGAGUGAAGGUGAGCUGGUCAAGAGCAGAGCUGUAAAGCUGGCACUGAGAGCCGUUGUACUUGAAGGAGAAGGUCUUGCAGCCCUCACAGGCGUGGAGGUCAUAGAAGGAGGAAUCUGCCUGGCAAAGGGUGCCCACUUCGCACUCAGAAUCAUCGAUGUUCAGGUCGUUCACCGAAGCGGCGUAAAGUUCGCAAUACCAAGAAUCAUCCUGGUAAGAGAAGGUGCUGCAGACCUCCUCAGCGUUUUCCUCACUGACAUAGUCAGCGCACUUGAUAGCACAUUCGUCGGCGCUCUCAACCAUUCGGUAUCUGGCAAUGGGGGAGCCAUCCUGAGAUCGGCCCUGGACGGCGCAAGACUCAAUAGGAGCGCUGUCGAUGGUGGUGUAAGCAGCAGUACAGCCAGCAGCAGUGGUGGAGGCAGCCUCAGUAGUAGUGAUGACAGCCUCAGUAGUCUCAGUACCAGCAGCAGUCUCGGUGGUCUGAGCACCGGUGGCAGUCUCGGUAGUCUCAGCACCGGUGGCAGUCUCGGUGGUCUCGGUGCCAGCAGCAGUCUCGGUAGUCUGAGCACCGGUGGCAGUCUCAGUACCAGAGGUAGCGCUGGACUCCUCAGCACAUGUGAAGCAAAGCUCAAGAUCGUAGAACUCGCUAGCGUCAGAACCCUCACUGGCAGUCCAGCCGAGCUCCUCGACGACUGUCUUGUAGAGGGUGCAAGUACGUCCCUUGACAGAGAAAGACUUGCAACCGAGAGUCUUGCCGCAGGUGUUGCCACACUCAGACCAGUCUACACAAGUCGAGGGAGUUCCAAUGAUCUUGUCAGCACAGUUGGGAGCAAUGCCCUUCUUGCCACAGUCGACAGGCUGAACCUCGUAAGGAGUGUACUUGGAGCAAGCAGCCUCGGUGGUGGUGGUGGCAGAAGUCUCUGUAGUAGGAGUACCAGUCUCGGUUCCGGAUGUAAUAGCAGUAACUGUGCCAGAGGUUGUGACGCCAGGCAGAGCUACGUCGGUGGUAGUGACGGGCCUGGGCUUGCAGUUGCCGGCAUUGGCCAUGGGAACAGCCAGGGCAGCCAAGAAGGCCGUGAUGACCUUUGUGGAAGGCAUUUUGGAAUGAGGGGAUAUUAG